AUGUGUGACACACGCCUCGUGACAGGCCUCUUCCAGGGCGGGGUGCGCGCCCUGUCCGGGCAGCCGUGGCAGGCGCCGCCCGAUGGCGACGGUUCGCAGCCGCUGCGGGCGCCAACGCCGGAGGCUCAGCAGCAGGCCCAGCCGCAGCGGCAGCAGCCAUUACCGCUCCCGCAUCAGCAGCAGCAGCAGCAGCAGCAGCAGCAGCAGCAGCAGCAGCAGCAGCCAUAUUGGCAGCCUCAGCAGCAGCAGCACCAGCAGCAGCCGCAGCUGCAGCCGCCCCCGCCGUCAGAGCAGCGACAGCAGGAGCAGUCUUUGAACCAGCAGCAACCGCCGCCGCCGCAGCAGUAUGCGUGGCAGCAGCAACCCUCCUAUCAGCAGCCGCCACAGCCGCAGCAGCCGUGGCCGGUCGCCCCAGGCAGCGGGAGCGCCGGCCUGCAGCAGCCGGGCGCCUUGGUGCCCGAAGGGCGCGCCGCGCACGCCGCCCCCCUCGCAAACCCUGCCCAGCACGCCCCCGGCCGCCCCCUGGUGCCGUACGACUGGGAAAUGCUCAACACUGUGACGCUCACCGGCGUCGUCGUGGCGUCACUAGUGACGGCCGCGCCGCCCCCCGCCGGCCGCGCGCCGCCGCCCGCCGGCGCCGGCGCUGGUGCCGGCACGGUCACGCGCCUCGUGCUGUCCACGUUCACCGACGCGGCCGCGCCGCCGCGCGCGCCGCGGGGCGCGGCCUUUGAAGUCGAGGCGCGCGGCGGCGACGCGGCGGACCUGCGGGCGGCACGGGUGGGGGACAUAUUGGUGGUCACCGGUCGCUUGGCACACAGGGCCAGCGGCCGCGGCGCGGCCGCGGCCGGGCUCAAGGUGCUGGUGGACGAGGUGUG